AUGGCCUGGAGGAGCUGGGUUGUGUUGCGGGGUGUCGUUGGUGCCUCGUCUCCGACUGACGAAUGGCCGAGCUUUAGUCCAGCUGGGUUACCGAGGCUCUACUACCUCGCCAUGGCCUUAGAGCGCCUGGAAGAGGCUGGGCUCAGCAGAUUGGGCCAACCAGCCCGAGCGGCUACGGCAGCUCUGGUCGAAGGCGAGGUGACCACCCGAGACGACCGCUCCGCAGCGGCGCGGGAGCCGCACCGAAGGGCAGCGGCACACGGGAGUCUCGCGGCAGCCGAUGUGCUUGAGAUCAGUGGCGACCUGGACCAGGAGGCUCUGCAAAGCUUCAGAGACAAAGUGUCCAACGCGCUAGGCAAUGUCAUCGUCAAAGUCGCAGCCUCAUCCCCCUCUUCGGCAGAUGCCUGUGGCCCACUCGUCGAUGAGGCGAGCUGCCUCGAAGCACUGGAGGCUGAAAGUGCCACGAGCGCUGCCACGAGCGCUUCGUCCGAGCCGGUGUUCGAGCUGGUCUUGGUGAGAGUCCAGGAGGGCAACACGUUGAUUUUAAGCGCCGGACGAAGAGCAUACCUGAGGUUCUCGAGCGUGCCGUUUGGAGAGCUCGCCGCCUCGACGGCCAGCCUUCUCAAGGAAAGCUGGUUUCGGAGAGCGUCCCUCUUGGAGGGAGGGGCGUCCCUCUUCGAGAUCACUCCGGCCUAUGUCUUCAGCUUCUUCCUGCUGGGCGACUGCCACUCCCGGGUCUCCUGGGACUUCUUUGGGGCGGUCUUGGCUCCUUAUUUGUCGCGGCUCCUGGGCAAGUUGCAGCUACUCUUUGGCAUCGAGUGGAACUCUCAGGUGGUCCUCUGUGGAUCCUUGGGAACCUCCCUGGAGCCUGCGGAGUGGAACCGCUCGAGGAACUCCUCGAAUGUGGUGGAUGUGUCUGUGCUGCAGGCCGAUUUCAUGCGCCGCACGGGCGAGUGGCCGCCGGACGCGCUCACGCGCGAUGCCCGCUGGCUCCCGCCCCUGGUGCGCUUCGUGGCCUUCAAACCGAUGGCGGAGCACGAGCUGCGGCUGGUUGAUGAGAAGGGUGACUCCCAGCAUUCGUUCGCAGUUCAGGGCUUUGGGGCUGUCGCCAUCGCCCGCUGCAAGGACGUUCCGGAGCCAGGUUCCAAUGGAAGUCUCAGUGACUGUGAGGCCCAACAGGUGGCCUCGGGCUGGAUCUCCAGCGUCCGCAGUUGGCUGUCCCUCCCGGCCGACGGCUCCGUGGCGUCGUCCAAUGGAGCUUCAGUGAAGCUGCGCGCGGCCCGCCCACGCGUUGAUGGCAUCGCUGAUUGGGAGCUGCAGAUUUUGGCGCGCGCCAUCCAUGCUCACUUCAUCCAGCGUACUGCCGAAACGCUUCAGAGCUUGGUGGAGCUCGUGGAAUCUCUGCCGGAUGUCGUGGUUCGCCAGGAGAUCGGCGCCAUGGCGUUCCAGGCAGUGAACAAAGCUUGGUCCUCCAACCAUGCAGCGGAACGUGGAGAUCUCCGUAACGCCUUAGCCGAGUCGCGGGAAGCCUUGAUCUUAGCGCUCACCGCGAUCCACGAUGAUUCCGUGGUCUCGCAGCUGUACUUCUCUUGGGAGUUCAAGUACGCCGUGUAUCUACCAAUCUCGAUGCCGGUGGCGGUGCCGCUCUUGACGUCCAGCUGGAGGCAUUUCAAGAGCCUGCUUGGACGUCCUGGAUAG